AUAAGUGGUCGUUCUCUUCACGAAUGCAGCCGCCAUAUUUUGGAAACUGAAUUGUCAUAGACUUUGAAAAACGUUAAAAUUGCGUUAAAAGGCAAUCAGAUUUCUUAAAUAGAAACACGACUUUAAAAACGCAUCGUAUCCUCGUUUCUUCCCUAUCAUUUUUUUGGGCCUGUAAAUAAAAAUGGAUGAUAAAACUGGGUCUAAAGAUUUAGAUGCAUGGAUAGAGCAGCUAAAUGAUUGCAAACAAUUAUCAGAACCCAUGGUGAAAACGCUUUGUGAAAAGGCUAAAGAAAUUUUGUCAAAAGAAUCAAAUGUACAGGAAAUGAAGUGCCCAGUAACAGUUUGUGGAGAUGUCCAUGGACAAUUUCAUGAUCUAAUGGAACUAUUUCGUAUUGGUGGGAAAUCACCUGACACAAAUUAUCUUUUCAUGGGGGAUUAUGUUGAUCGAGGCUACUACUCAGUGGAAACUGUCACACUAUUGGUUACAUUGAAGGUACGUUUUCCACACAGAAUUACCAUCCUUCGAGGCAACCACGAGAGCAGACAGAUCACCCAAGUCUAUGGUUUCUAUGACGAAUGUUUACGCAAAUAUGGCAACGCAAAUGUCUGGAAAUAUUUCACGGAUUUAUUCGACUACCUUCCUCUCACCGCUCUUGUUGAUGGACAGAUAUUUUGUCUUCACGGCGGUCUGUCGCCGUCUAUCGAUACCUUGGAUCACAUACGAGCUCUGGACAGGAUACAGGAAGUUCCACAUGAAGGUCCAAUGUGCGACCUCCUUUGGAGUGAUCCUGAUGACCGUGGUGGCUGGGGAAUCUCGCCUCGUGGAGCAGGGUAUACAUUCGGCCAAGAUAUUUCAGAACAGUUUAAUCAUACAAAUGGACUUACGCUUGUGUCCAGAGCCCAUCAGCUGGUUAUGGAGGGUUAUAACUGGUGUCACGAUCGCAAUGUGGUAACGAUAUUCAGCGCGCCAAAUUACUGCUAUCGUUGUGGUAAUCAAGCCGCUAUCAUGGAACUGGAUGAUUCUCUAAAAUAUUCCUUCUUGCAAUUUGACCCGGCGCCGAGACGAGGAGAACCACACGUCACUCGAAGAACCCCGGACUAUUUCCUUUAACCCUCACUUUCCCCUAGGACUUGACGUAGAAGAAAACUAGCCCCACCUAUUUCGGGCACUCUUAAAAAACAGAAUUCGGACAAUCAACUCGGUGAUGACAAGCUAAUUUCUUUCGGUGUUUCGCCAUCUUAUGAUUUGACGAUGACAAAUACUGACGAGUGUUUUGACACAGCAAAUGUUUCCUUAGGUUAAAUAACGCUAAAUAUUUCCAGUUCAAAUUAGGAGCGAAGCAAAGGUACCGAUAAUUAAUGGCGAGUGAGGCAUGAAAUGCAGCGGGUUUUACAGUUUUGGAGACCGUUUUAUGUGUGAUUGAAACGCUGUGGCAGUAUUAAUUUAAUUUGUUAGAACCUAUAAAAUUUUGUAUGGGAGAGAAGACCCUUUAUCAAUUUUUCGCAUCUCUCAUUUCUUCAGAUGUUUUUGACAGCAACGAUCAUAAAUCAUGUUCUAGUUAAAUUAAAUCGAAAAACUGUUCGACAUCUGAUCUUUUCAUCACGAACAAAAUCGCAACUGAAAUCUGGAACAGCUUUUUAAACACCUAAAAUAUUCUUUUCCCAAUUCAGGCAAUUAACUGAACCAGUUCGUCUUCUAACGUCGCCAAGGGCACUAUCAAUGAGUUCGGAAAUGAAUGCAGAAUAGCGGCAAAUUAUUGUUUUCUGUCAAAGUAUUUAAGAACUAAGCGAUGUGAAUAAUACUCGAUAAAGGAGUUUUUCAUAUUCAAGUCCUUUCAAAUGAGGUAAACUCAUAGAAAUAAUAUCUCUUAUGAAUUUAAUAAUAUCUAUUAUUUCUAUGGGUAAACUAAAUAGACCUUUUUGAUAAUUACGUCACAAGACUGUUGUUUUACAUUUAGAACCUCCUUUUAAAAUUUCAAGUUUUACUCUCACAUGUUUUGCAAAGAUGCAAAACAUCCUUCUUUAACACGUGUUUGAAAAAGAAUUUUCCUUUUUGACAAAUAAAUAUGGAAAUCAGCCGUGACACGAGAACUGAGUGGUUCUAAAUUUAAAACGAUAAUUUUGUGACGUAUUAUCAAAAAGGUCUAUUCACAUUCCCUUUGAAUUGGCCAGAUUUGUAGGCUACGGCUAUUGGAUCAACUAACUGGCAACAUUUAUGCGUUAGAUACUUUAUAUUAUAUUGUAAAUUGCGCAGCAACUUUGGUACGAAUGCGGCGUCGCGCUAUCCAGUCUAUAUUUGAGAUCAGUUUUAAACAUGCUAAAGGCGUUUC